GCAAGUUUGCGCAUGCGUGAUGUGGACGCGCGGGAGAGAAUGAAAACCCAAACAACGGAGUAUGGCAGCAAUGUAAUCCUCAUACUUCACUCUAUAUUUACGGAAUAUUAAACCACAUAAGAAGCCGAAAUACAAGGUGAUACUGAUUCUGCACUGGCAGCAUGGCAGACGACUUCAGCCAAUCCCUCACCCCACCAGUCUCUCCAUUCGCAGCAGACAGCUUAUGUGAACUGACUCCAGUCCAACCACCAUGCUUCUGCUGCUCUGAAACAAAGGAGGACCCCACUGGAGCACUCUCCACAGAGGGAUACACUGCUAGAGGCUCCCUGAAACGGCUGCUGUUGCGUCUUGACCCAGCCCCUGCAGAGUAUGAGACAGACACUGUAGAGAUCUUUGGUUUCCCCUGGGUAACAGAGACAGCACUGGUGGAAUCUACAAAGCUACUCUUUGGUCUGUUCAGACAAAAUGUUUACAAGCUGGAGACCAUGGUGCAGUCCAGCUCACAUGACUUUGGUCAAGCAGGCAAACUCCACUAUGAAGCAGAGGACCUCAGACAACAGUGUGUUUCAUUUCUUCAGUAUGUCAAAGUCUUCUUGCACAGAUACCUGGAACCUUCCGGCUUCCUGGAUGCAGCUCACCCACACCCCUAUGAGGAGCUGGAGGCUCAGCUCCCCUCUGCUCUUCUAGAGGAGCUGUUUGGCAUCACUCUCCUCAUAGGACGACUCAAAGACCUGCAUGCCAACGUUCAGAGUGCUUUCACCAUAUCUAACCAGGGAAAGAUUUUUCCUCCCCCUUGGCAUUUGUUACACCUUCAUCUCGACAUCCACUGGUCAGUCUUGGAGAUUCUUCACCUGCUUGGUCACAAGAUUCAAGGCCAGGUGGUGUACGCCCACCAGUUUGUGAACCUGACGGGAGAGAACUUGACUGAUACCAGUCUGUUUGAAGAGCACCUGUGCAGUCUGCUGUGUGACCUAACUGGUCUUGCCAUAGGCAAAUACAGCAAGGUGAGGCCUACAGAGGCACUGAGCAGCCAUCACUACCUUUGCUCUUGCACCAAAGAGCUGUGGGUCCUGCUCAUGCACCUUCUGGAAUACAGGAAUAAAGUGUUGCACACACAGUCUUUCUGGAGCUACAUGAACUCGUUGUUGAGGCCUCUGGUUUUACCCAAGCCGGCAGCAGAGCAGUUCAGUGGCCUCCCCACGCACUGUAAGGACCCUCUGGGAUUCGCAUGGUGGCUGGUCACUCAUUUAGCAAUGUUAGGGCAGUACAGUCGUAACGGCACACUCCAGAACGAGAAACAUCUUGGGGAUAACUGGACUUUUGUGGAAGAGUUGCUCAAAUUAACCUGCAACCCCAAGGGAGGUCUAGCAGAGGAGCAGGUCAGGAUGCAUGUCCACUGCUGUCUCAGUCUCUGUCUGCUGUGGGAACCAAGCACCAGUGCUGUCUCCACCCUCUGGGACUACUACAGCAAGAAUCUGAGUGCUUCAUUCACUGUACCCUGGCUCGGGAUGUCGGGCAUGGGCACUUUGUACAAGACGCCCCUGGCUUUGUUGGACCAGGCCCGCAGCUGCUGCUCCCCCUCUCACCUCCACUCUCCAGGACACACCCAGCUCUACCGCUCGGCCAACUCCUUCCAGAUCUUCCUGCGAGUGCUGGCCCUGUGCCUCGCCCAGGACAGGGCUGGCGGAGUCCCACAGAGACAGAUCAAAGGAAGGAUUUAUUCAAAGUUCUCCUCAAAGAAGAUGCAGGAGCUGUCAGAGGCAGGCCUCAUGAACUUCCUGCUGCUGUUUCUGGUGGUGGCCAAGCAGGUGGAGCUGGAGGAUGUGGCCAGCAGAGCCUGUGAACUGCUGGGCUUCCUUCCCAAUAACUGCCCCCCUGGGCACCGUACCCUGGUCUGGAGGGGACAGCUAUCACUGCUGUUGUUGUUCCAGGAGAGGGGUCUGGAUGUUGGUGCACAGGCCAGCUGGCUGGCCGCCUCCUUUAAUGAGACAGCCAAAGAGUUUUACAAUAAGACCACAGAGGUCUCUCGCAGACUUGCUCUCUGGGGGCCUCUUGGCUCAUACCUGGAGGGUGUGGCUGAGGUGUUCGAGACGAGCACCAGUCUCAGCCUAUCAGAGGAGAAGCUGCUCAACGAAGGAUUUGAUUGGUUGUUGCCUGCUUGCCGCAUAUCAGAGCUGAAUUCCGCCCUGGGCUUCCUACAGAUUGUUCUUGCCCAGCUCAGACGGGUCCAUCAGCGCAGUGUCCACUCAGCACCCCCCUCGGCAUGGGCUCCUGCUACCACCAGUAUGGUGAAAGAGCGCCACCUAGCGGUAGCAGCAGCUCUCUGGGCGCAUUUCUUUCCCUUCCUGCGCAGCCUACGCCUCUCUCAGACCCCUCCAGCACAGCUGGCAGAUGCUGCUGCAGGCUUCACCCUGUUGGCCUUUGAUCUGCCCAACUCUGCCCCCCAGGACCUUCAGCCUAACCCAGUCCAGUCCAUCAUGCAAUGCUUCGGCUGGGACGACAUGGUUCACCCACUUCUGGUGACUCGCUACCUUCCCCAUCUGCUCCAAAACAGUGAGCUGGUGUCCUCACUAAGCAGUGAUUCUGCAGUUGUUGUGUCCGGUUCGGCACAAAGCCUGUCAGUGAGGGCCUGGUUCCGCUGUGUGCUACAGCAGCACCUUCACAAGAACCCAGAUGGGUCUGACAGCAGAACAGUAUUGCUUCCAGGCCGGGCCGUGGAGGAGCAGUUGUGUGAACUGACCCGGCUUGUGCUGAGGCUUCCUGAGGUGGACAGUCUUUUGCAGAGAACGGGCCUCCAGCCCACCGCCACCAGACUAGAGCCCACAUCAGUCCUGGAGAUGUUUGUCAAGGCUGUAGGCGGCGUGUACAGUGGACUGCAGGUUUUGUCAGAGCGUUCAGCCAUGGUGACCAGAGCCCUGGACUACAUCGGUGACAUCUUGAAACACAUUAAACCCAUACUGGUCAGCAAGAACCAAGAGGGGCUGCAGCUGGCCUACUGGGCUGUUGGUUGCAUAGUGAAGCACUGGAGCCCCCUGCUGGCUACAUCUAAAGCCCAGCAGCUGCUGUUUCGCAUUGUGGAUGGGAUGCUGCUUCCCCACAACCUCACACAGCAGGACAAAGCACUCAGGGACAGCCUGCCUCUAUAUCUACAGGGGCUGUCAGUGGCUUCCAGCGUGUCUCAGUCUCAGGGUGUCUACCUGAAGCAGCAGCUCCGCUCUGUUACCCGCAGAUAUCUGGACCAUUUCCUUCCCGCCUCACCUUCCAUGGGCAUCAUUGCCAACCACCCAGUGCUUCUGAGUGCCUGUGAAACGAACCCAACCACCCGGGGAGCAGCACUGAGGAAGACCAUCCUGGAGGUGCUCUGUGGGAGCUUCCUGCAGUUUAAGGGUCAUGCCCCCCCGCCCCGGCUAGCAUCAGUGCUGAUGUUCCUCUCGGAGCUUCUGAGACGAAACAGUGACUCAGACCCCGCCCUCUUGACUCUGCCCCUCCCCUCUCUGCUGCGCUGUUUGAUGCUGGUCAACGAACCGCAGGUGAGGAAGACGAGCACAGAUGCCUUACAGCUUGUGGUGGAGCGAUGUGCUGUUGCAUCUACAGAAGGACCGUGUGACCAGAUGACGACUGUCUUACGGUCGUUUGUGGAGGAGAAUGAGGGAGUCUACGACAGGCAGGUAUACAGUGUCCUGGAGACGGUUGCUGUUUUAGAUCCCUCUGUAGUUCAAGCUCUCAUCCCCAACCUGUCUGUCAGCCUGAGAAACACGGAACACAAGAGAGGACUGGGCAAGAACAUUGCCUUGAGGAGUGCAUAUAGGAAGUUGCUGUGCCUCCUUGGGGAGAGUGGGCAGGCAGAAAUAACCAGUCUGGAAGCGGACUGAAACAUUUCAAAAAAAAAAAAAAGGACCAGCUCCAAGACCUGUCGCCAGCUCCAAGAACCACGUAUUAGUCAUACCACCCUUCUUUUUUUUUUUGCCAAAUAUCUUCAUUUGGUUAUCAGAAAAGGCCUUUACAGUGCUGCCUACAAGGGUAUCUUACAAAACAUGAGGGUUUAGUGUAUGUCAUUAACUGGGAUAAUGUUGAAAGCUAAUUUGCUGAUGUAUGCUGGAAAGAAGCAUGGAUACAUGCAACUAUGAAUGUUUAAAAAUGUCUUAUCAGCUGAACUUCAGUGUUCAUAAGCCUGAUAUGUUCCAAUCAUGAACUAUAAGCCCAAUAUCAGCAGGUUGUAUAUAAUGUACAUAUUGUAAAGAACAUGCAGCUUUCUGCAUUGUGCAUUCUGCAUUUGCAUUAAUGAAAUAAAAUGUGACAAUAAAUAUGAAAGCGCUCGUACCGUC